AUGUUGUUUUAAUAAAUUUGGAUGGAUUUAAAGGAAUCUAUGAAUACUUCAUAUUACACCAGUUUUAUUUAUCUCUCUAUUGGAGCUAUACUAAAUACUUCUCCGCUUUUGGAAAUGUAUUACCUAUUUCUUUAAUAGAUAUAUAAAAAUUUCUGAUAAGAAUAACUAUUAGCAAAAUCAACUUUACUUAAUAUUGGACUCCUUAAAUGUUGGCAAGUAUUUGUUAAAAUCUUCAAUUGUACAUUCAAUUUAUAUUUUAAUUAUAUUUGCUUUUAACAUAUAUAUCAUCAUUCUGUUUAUCAUUUUGUAUUAUGUGAAAAAAAAAAAUGUGUAGACAAACGUUGCUUAUUCUAUAUAUGGCUAAGUAAUAUAUGAAAAAAUAUUUAUUUAGAUUAUUGGGUAUUUAAUAUAACCCUAUUUUUGGUCAAUCAAUGGAUUUUUAUUUCAAAUCUAAAAUACUUAUUUAGAAUAAAUACAAAAUUUAACUUUUUUUUUUAUUGAUUGUAUUGCAAUAAUUUUAUAACUACUAUUCUUAAUAAUCCUUAUACUAUUCCUACAAUAUGACUAUUCUUAAAAAAAAAACUUUUUAAAAAUUAACUCUCCUAAAACGCUUAUAUGUUAGAUUUUAACUGUGUAUUUUAAAAGCUGUUUAGAAUUAUUUAUAAAUACUAACAAGAUAUUAAAUGUAAAUAUCAAAGUUAUUUUUAGAUUUCCUUUCCUAUCAUACUAGUAUUAUUGUUUAUAUUACUUUUUACUCAGAUGCAUUAAGAUUUGCCUGUUUUCUCUAAUAAAUAAUUAAACAACUACUUCUAAAUUCUUGUUAGUAUCUAAUUUGCAUUGGCUUUAAAUUUGUUAAUAUCAUGCUUUGUCAAUAUUUUUGAAGAUCGCUAUUGCCUUUUAGUUAUUUUAGCUUUAGUAUUUUUGAUUUAAUUAAAUUCAAAAAUUAGAUAAUAUUUAAUAUUAAAGUCUAUCUCUAAUUAUAGCACUACAAAAAUGAUUGAUUAAAGAACUAUAGUUUAUUUAAAAUAGAACCCAUAAAAUCUAUUCUUACUUAGAGGUAUCAUUCAACUUCAUCAAUCUUUGUGUUCGAAUAUAAAUUGCUUUUAUCGUUUAAAAACAAUAUAUAAAAUAAGUUCGAAAGGAAAUAAAAAAAUUUAUAUUAAUAGAGAUACUAUUAAUGAAAACAUUGGGAGAAUUUCAACUUUUUUCUUAAAAUGUAUUUAUGAAAGUUCAUUAACUAAAAAAUAAGAUUAAAGUACAAACAUACUUUUAAUUGAGUUAUUAUGUUAUAAACUUAAGUUGUACCCUGAAAGCUUGAUGCAAGUCGAAAAAUUAAAUUAAGAUAAACUAAACUUAAUUUAACGCAUAAACAUAGCAAAUAUUAGAUUAAUUAUUUCUAGAAUAAUAAAACAAAAAAAUGUAUAAGCUUACAAAUCAAAGCUACCAUUUGACCAUCUAUUAUUAUGUGAAUCGUAUAUAAAAGAAACAGUUUAAAUUAUAAUGAAUAUUUUUGGCUAUUAGUUAUAAUUUUGGAAUUACUUAUUAAAUGAAGAAAUUAAAUUAAUUGAAGAAUUGUUUUUUUUAAAAAAAAUAAGCAUUUAAAUAAAAAAGUUUUUAGGUUAUAGUAAGUAGAUUUUAAGUUUGCAUAAAAACCAAAAAGUUCCUAUCAGAAAUAAGUAAUGGUUUAACUAUUUUUUUUUUAAACUUUUUAUUUUAAAUAAAAAAUUAAAAUUGUCAGAAUUAGAAAUAUUACCUGACUAUUAACUUAAUUUAGAUUAAAUUUUAAAGGAUGAUUAAAUAGAUGAAAAAUCUUCUGAUGAAGAACCAACAAAUUAUUAUUAAUAAAAGUUUUUAGUUUCAGGAAAUACUUUUGUAAUUUAAAUUAAUUAAUCUGGCAUGAUUAAGAAUAGUACAAAUAAUGUUUUUUAAAUAUUAAAUUACAAUAAAUAAAGUUUAGUAAAUAGUUCAGCUACAGUUUUAAUGCCCUAAAUGUUUAAACAGUAUCAUAGUUAAUUUGUUAAUCAUUUCGAAUAAUCUGGUCAAUCCUUUAACUUAUAUAAAAGAAAAAAGGCAUUUUGUAUGCAUGAUUCAGGUUAUAUUAUAAUAGUUUACAAAUAUUUGAAAUUUAUUUAUAAUUAUAACUCAAAUUAAAUUGAAUACAUUGCUAUGUUUAGAUAAAUCUAGACAAAAUAAUAGUAUUUACUAUUAAAUGAAGAUUGGGAAGUGGAUUCAUGUACAUAAUUAAUUUAGGAUAUCAUAGGAAUAAAAUCUUUAAGUUUAUUUAUUUUGGCUCCAAAAACUAUUGUUUAUUCUUAAUAUGAAAAAUUUUUAAAUUAAGAGAAUAAAGAAUUCUUUAGUUUAAAUGUUCCAAAUUUGGAGAAAAACUUGUCUCGAUUAUUUUAUACAUAACAUUCAUCACCUUUAGUAAGAGGUUCAAUAACUUCAAGUAAUGAAUAAAUUUCAAUUUUAUAAAAUUAAGUUGAAAUAAAAAAAAGUUUUCAAAAUUUCUUAAACUAAGAUGAUGUUAUUAAUGUAGAGGAUCAACAUAAAUAAAAAGUGAAAUAAGUUUUAUUCAAUUUAAGAGUGCCAAAAUAAAAAUAUGAAUUAGUUUAAGAUUUUUAAUAAAGACUAUCUGAAUCUUAUAAAUAAGCAAUUUAUAAUGAACCAUUUCGAAAAUAAUUAAUUGUUAAAAAUUAAUCUGGUAAAUAUAAAAUAGUAAGAAGUGAAUUUAUUAGAAGAUGUAAAGUUUACUAAGAGAUUAUAAGGAAAGAAAAAUUUCAAAUAAUAAGUAUUACAUUUCUUUAUAAAUAGAGGAAUUAUUUUAAAAAUAUACUCAAUCUGAAGAAUGUAUUGAAAAAAUAUUAAGAGUGGAAGGAACAUUAAAAUUAGAAAAAACUUCUCAAUCUAUCAAAUACAUAUUAAUUAAAAUAGUUAGAACAGAAGUGAUUGAAGAAAAUCCUUUGCCUUGGAGAGAAAAUAGUUGUUAUACUUUAUCUCUUUAAACUCAUUAAAAUUAAAUGAUAUCAUCGGUAUUUUAUUCAAUUAUCUUUAGUAACAAACAAAAAAGACCAUUAUUACAUAGCAAAGUCCUAGAAAUUUAUAUUCAAUAGUUAAUGGUAUUUUUGAAAAUAAAUAUAAGAUUAAUUUGAUUUAUAUUCUAACAGAGAAUCUACUGGAAAAAUUUUAUUGUAGGAAGUUUAAGUGAAUUAAGAUUUUGAUUAAAAUGAUCAUUACAAAAAUAUUAACUUUACAACUUGUAAUAGCAAUCUUUUAAAAGAGGAUACUAAUAAGAUUGAAAAAGAUAAUCCAUCUAUUAUUUAAUAUGUAUAUAUUAGUAGAAUCAUUUUUAUAUUGUAAAUAUUGAUAGCAUUUAUGAGUUUCUUUUUAACAUCAUUUAUUUAUAAUAAAAGUACUUUAGAAGACUCAGUAAUUAAUAAUAAUUAUUUAGGUAAUUUUGGUUGAUUAUCUUUUUUAAUUUUAAAUAAUUGUUGCAGAAUCUUAUAAUGCCUAGAUAGAUAUAGAAUUAUUUAAUCGAAAUUAUACCUUUUCAUAAUUAACAAAUGGAGAUUUGAUAGGUUUUUAAUCUAAAGAACAAUUUUAUGAAUACAAUAAAAAUGUGACUUAAAAAUGUGCUGAUUUUAUGUAUUUAGUUUUUUGGGAAUCUAAUUUUUUGAAAAUGCUUUAUGAGAAUUUUUAUAAUAACUCUACUGAAAGUGGUUUGGAUAUUCAAACUGUUUAUUAAUUAAAUAUUUAUCUAUUAAAUAUGCUUUCCACUGAGGAAUUUAGAGAAGACUUUGGCAUAACAGAAACUUUUCAUAAUUAUAUGGUAAUCCAUUAUAACAUUGUUUUAGCUUCCAUAAUUUUAAUAAAUUUAAGCUACUUCAAUCAAUCACCUUUUAAAUUAAGGAUUAAAAUUCUAAGAAAUUUCUAAUUCUAAUUAUAUAUUAUUUCUGAUUUUACAGACAAUUCUAUAAAUUGCUAGUUUAAUGUAUUUAGUCAGAUUUCAAUUUUAAAUUUAAAAGCAGUAUAACGUAGAAUAUAUUAAAAUUUUUUAAGGUUUUAUUUAGAAUUUAAGCCAUUAUACCCUUUAAAGAAAAGAUUGCUGUCAUUGAAAAAUUAAAUACAACAAUAAAUUAAUUUUGCUAUAUUACAAAAUAUGAAUGUAAAUGAUUUUUAAAUAUUAUCAUAGAUGGAGACUUAGGUUAAUUCUUAUCUAUAAACAAAUAAAAUCCUUUAUCUUAAGCAUUCUAAAUGAGAAACAAUAAUAGUAAGAAUUAGUUUGAAAAAAAUCUUUUAGAUACAGACAAAUAUAUUGAAUAGUAUGAUAAUAAAGCUAAAAUUAAGUUCGAAUAACUAUCUCUUUUAUAUAGUUUAAAAGUAAUUUUAUUUAUGUCAUUUUAGCAAAUAGCUACAAAAAUUAUUGUUAAUUUAUUUUUAAUAGCCUUAAUAAGUAUUGCAGGAUUUAUCGCAAUUUAUCUAACAAUUAAUAAUAUAGAAUUAUUUAAUUAAAAUUAAUUUAUGUUUGAUAGUUUGAAUGUUUGGACACUACCAGCUAUAAAAGAAAUUGCUACUAGCCAAAUUUAUUAAGAUUAUUAGUUUAAUGAUACUAAUGCUAUUAAAAUCCUUCAAUUUUAUGUUGAACAAAUAUAAUCAGAAUUUCCAGUAUUUUAUAAAACAAAUAUUAAUGAAAUAAAUUCUUUAUUCAACAAUAAUAUUUGUGAUGAAGACAGUAUAAAUUAACUUAUUCUAUUAAGCGGAUAUGAAUAUUGAAUAAUGUAAUUUUAUUGUAAAUGGAGCAUUAAACAGAGGAAUUAGAGAAUAUGAUUAUCUACUUUCUUAGGUAGUUCUAAAAGUACUAAAUCCAAAUGAUGAAAGAUUUGAAAAUAUUACAUACAAAACUAUUUAUGAAUUUAAUAAAGUAUAAAUUUAGUAUAGUUUAGCUAUAUUACUUUGUUUUUGAUCACUAUUUACUUGCAAAAAACAUAUGGGUACAAGUAUCAUAAGCGACUUUAGAUAAGCACGAUUAAGUUAGUUUGAUAUUAUUGUAAUUUUAGUAAAUUAUUAUAGAAUAAUUGUCAUAAUAGGGAUAUGCCUUUAUUUUUUAAUAUUUAAUGAAAUUGGAUAUGUAUUGUUUAAAAAGAAAGAGUACAAAUUUAUAAAAAUGUUUUAUAAAUCUUAUAUGCCUAAUGUCUCCAUUAAUCAUUAAAAACGUUUGAGAGUAGAGUUAAUAAAAGCAAGAUUUAUAAGAAAAUGA